GGGGUGGUGGGGAAGAGGUAGCCACUAUAUAAAAGAAGCUGCCCUGAGAUUUUAAACCUUUAUACAAAAACUUCCUAGGUAAGGAAACUUAAUCGGAUCUGGCAGCUGACCUUAGUGAUGGACCCAGAAGCAACUGCUGUUUAUUUGGAUUAUUUCUAUGCUACAAGCCAAAAUCCUGAUAUUGAGGAGACCCACUCCCGUGUUGCUUACACAUCUGUCUUCCUUCCCAUCUUCUACGCGGUUGUGUUCCUGACGGGAGUGUUGGGGAACCUAGUCCUCAUGAGUGCAUUGCAUUUCAAACGGGGCAGCCGAAGACUGAUCGACAUCUUCAUCAUCAACCUGGCUGUGUCUGACUUCAUUUUCCUUGUCACGUUGCCUCUCUGGGUGGAUAAAGAAGCAUCUUUAGGACUGUGGAGGACAGGCUCUUUCCUGUGCAAAGGCAGCUCCUACAUGAUCUCAGUCAACAUGCACUGCAAUGUCUUCUUGCUCACCUGCAUGAGUGUUGACCGCUACCUGGCCAUCAUGCGCCCAGCCGUAUCCAGGAAGUUCAGGAGGAGAGACUGUGCAUAUGGAGUCUGUGCCAGUGUCUGGUUUAUCUCCUGCCUUUUGGGUUUGCCUACUCUUCUGUCCAGGGAGCUCACCCUGAUUGAUGAUAAGCCAUACUGUGCAGAGAGGAGCGCUACUCCAAUCAAACUGACUUGGGCCCUGGUGGCCUUAAUUUUUACCUUCUUUGUCCCUUUGGUGAGCAUUGUGACAUGCUAUUGUUGCAUCACAAGGAAGCUGUAUGCCCAUUACCAACAGUCGGGAAAACAUAACAAAAAGCUGAGGAAAUCCAUAAAGAUCAUCCUUAUUGUCGUGGCAGCCUUUGUCUUCUCCUGGCUGCCCUUCAAUACUUUCAAGCUCCUGGCCAUUGUCUCUGGGUUGCAGCAGGAAGUCUACUUUUCCUCAUCUUUUAUCCAGCUAGGCAUGGAGGUGAGUGGGCCUUUGGCAUUUGCCAACAGCUGUGUCAACCCUUUCAUUUACUAUAUCUUUGACAGUUACAUCCGCCGGGCUAUCUUGCACUGCUUGUUCCCUUGCCUGAAGAACUAUGACUUUGGGAGCAGCACUGAGACAUCAGAUAGUCACCUCCCCAAGGCUCUCUCCAACUUCAUUCAUGUGGAAAAUUCGGCCAGAAGGAGGAAGAGGUCUGUGUCACUCUAAAAGUCACUGUGACAUUUCAAGCUCUGUUAGUAGAUUGGAGACUUAAUUUGUGUCAGCGAUAAAGAAGGAAAAAAAAGUAUUGCUGUUGGUAUUCAUAUUCGCAUCGCUUCACGAAUACAAGGAAGAGUUUAUUUUUAAAGAGAUGAAUGAACUCUGACAUAAAGGCCGGCUUGGAUCAAUUACUUUCUUCUUGAUUGUUUAUGUACAUUCAGGUCUUUUCCUCUCUCAAGAACAAUGGUACCUUGACCCACACCGUCCUUCAUAAUGGGCUUCAAUUGGACUACAUCUAAAGGAUUCUGCCCACUUUCAUCUGGUGAGAAAUGUGUUAAUACAGGUAGCAAAAAAUAUACGUGUGCCCUUUAGUUAAUUAUUACUGAGUAACAAAGCGAGAGUCUGGCCUUAAUCUUUAAAACUUUGUAUGGCGAUUCUUUACUGCCUUCCAAUGUUAUCUUUCACCCUAAGCCAUUCACGAUAACUUUGGACUGUCAAAAAAUUCAUGGGGAUAAAAUCAUUCUGUAUUGUGUUUAUGAUUUAGGACUUCCUUUAUCACCUGGUCUUCUAGAGUAUUUUAACAAGAGAGCACAGGGCAAAGUUUGACCUUUAUUUUCCUUAUAAGAUAUAUUGGUAAAAAUGUAUCUCAUUAUAAUGGCAUAGUAACUACUUUUCAAGAGGGUUUUACUAUGCUCUUUUGUUUUCAUUGACUUCAUACAUUAGGAUAUGACUUUGUUUUAAUUACAUGUUUUUAAUUACUAGUUAUUGAGUUAUCAAAUGAAAUGUAACUACUAAUAUAAUUGGAGGUCCUCAAAUGCUUAGCUACAUCACCAUGUGUAUUAUCAUUUUACAUUUUAAUUAAAAUGUUAGUGCUACACAUUUUCUAUAGCAUCAUUUGCUUGGUGUAUAUAAUUUCAAGACUUGAUUCAGUAAUAUAGGAAGACAGUAUGCUCUGUAUUUAGCUGAAGUGAAAAAUACAAAAUGAAGAUAUUACUGAUAUUUUAUAUACAUUUUUCCAAACCCAGAGACUUUGCUGAAUUCUUUCACCCAAUAAAAAUUUAUUAAGUCUACUUGCACGUAUAUUCUUUUUAAAGACUUUGAAGUGAAAAACAUGUAAUUAGCAGCAACCACAAAAGGCUUUUGCUACAGAAAACAUACUAUUGUAAAUAUCUUUUGAUUCAAGAGAAAGUGGGUUAUGUGUUGACCCUCAGUGUUGAUGCAAAUGAAUUACUAUGUUACUUCUAAAUAUUAGGUUUGAAAAUCAGAGAAAGCUUAGAAUCUUUUCAGAGACUAGGUAAUUCAAGCUCAUCCCAUGUAUCUUUCACAUUAAAAGAAAUCUCAAAUAUUGGGCAUACCAUAAUCUAUUUAGAAGUUGAAAAUAGUGUUUUGUUUUAUAAAUUGGUUAAUUUAUUAAUUUCUCUUAACCUUUAUUAAAUAAAAAUAUAAUUUUCUUAUUUAAGUAUUCUUCUAUGUUGUAUUAAUUUCUAUCAACACAGUUAUUAUUAAUACUGAUAUUAUAAAAGCUUUUAAUACUUUAUUAUAGAUAUAGAAAAAAAGGACUGUAAAUGAUAAGAAAUAAGGUUUCUUGGAAAACUUUAAACUGAAUUUAAAACAGUUAAAUAGAUAUCCUAAAGUUAAAUAAAAACAAAAUAUAAAAGGUAGAAGCCAUUCACGUUAUAAAAACAAAUCAGCAAAAGCACUAUUACUAAUCAGGGAAAUAAAUGUCUGUGAGAAAUGCUACUUUUAAAAAAUAGCUCAAUAAAUCAGGUAAAGUAUUUGUUAGGAAAUGAGAAAAAAUGGGUUAUUAGAUUCAGCUUCAUUCUUAAUGUUGGGACAUUGAGUAAAUCAUUGUAAUCUUUCAUACCUAAAGUAGUUGGUAAUAUCUAUGUCUAUAGAAUUGUCAAGAAUAUUAUAAGUCUAAUAAAUACAAAAGUGUUUUUAAA